GUUUAGAAUGCAGUAAAUUAAUAAGAUAAAAAUGCCAAAACCAAAAAGUUGCAUUUGCAAAUUGUAUGAAAAUUUUUUAAAUAAAGACCAGGAACUAUGCUAUAAGUGUAAUUAUUGUGGUGAGACUUAUAAAAACAAUGCCACGCGACAAAAAAAGAACUUAGAAUACAAUGGCUUAAAAUGUCCAAAAUCUGUUAAAGAAAUGGUCAGAAGAGAAAAAAUAAAUAGCAAAAAGCCCGUUAAAGAUUACUUAUCUAAAGACGAUAUCGUUUUAAGUGGGGACAACUUAGAUGAUGAGGAAUCUGUACCUGAAAAGACACAAAACUACAAAGACCAGCAGCGUGAUAAUCAUAAAAGUGGUACUCAAAAACUUUUUGAUUUUAGAAAAUACAUCGAUUGUAUGAAUCCAGAAGAGCAAGAAAGGCUAAAUGUUAAAUUCCCCAGAGCAAUUUUCUCUUUAGAUGCUCCACUUCCGAUGCUCAAUAAUGAAUACUGGCUAGAUUUUUUUCAUGAAUUGCGAACCUCUUGGAAGCCGCCGUCAAUAAAGCUAUUGCAAAAUCAACUGUAAUUGGAGUCGAUUGUGAUGGCUGGAGUAAUAGAGCGUAGUUGAAUGAGUCUAUUGUUAACUUCGUUGUGAGUACUCCGCAGACUGUACUAUACAAAACAAAAGACACCAAAGCUGAAUUACAUACUGGAGAAUAUAUGGCACAGUUAAUUCUUGAAGUGAUUGACGAGAUUGGAACUGAAAAGGUUUUAAUAGUAGUAACCGAUGGUGCGUCUAAUACAGCAAAGGCUCGAAGAAUCGUUAAUAAAAAAUACCCGCAUAUUCAUAUUUACAGCUGUACAAACUUCUGCCACUGAAAUAGUAAAAGAUGUAAAUUCAUCACAUUCGAUUAAGGCCAAAUUUACUGAUAUUCAAAAGCAACGAAAAGAACAAGUUAUAUCACUUAAAUUGCCCGGAAAAACAAGGUGGGGAACGACAAUCUUUUGCUCUGAGAGUUUGCUUUACAACAAAAUGGCUCUGAAAACAUUAGCCAUUUCAGAAGAUGUGUUUUUGAAGCAGAAUGUGAAGACACCGAUUUUAAGUGAGACGUUCUGGUGUGUUCUUCUAACUCUUCAUGAAACCUUGGCUCCGGUCAUAAGAUGGUAACGAUCUCAGUAAUAAUGUGGUAAAAAUUAUGACUGAGUUAGCGUACUACACUCAAAAAGAAGGAUUAUUUUCUUCGCGAUUUGUUCAAAAGACUAUCAAAUCUUUACCAGCCGUAACUUGGUGGAAAACUAUAAACUGGGAACCUAAAUUAUGUUCGAUUGCAGUUGACAUCCUCAACAUGUCAGCCAGUAGUGCAGCAACUGAAAGAAGUUUCAGUAGAUACAGUAACGUUCACACUGCUAAAAGAAAUCGGUUAACUACCGACAGAGCUGGAAAAAUGACGUUCGCCUCAUUUAAUUUGAAAUUAGAAAUGUCUAAAAAAAGCCGUGAAAGGUCCAAACAUAAAAGAAUCAUGUUUGUGACUCCGUGGGAAGAUACAGUAUUUGCUCUAUGAGCAGAAGAAUUAGAAGUAGCACACGCUGACGAAGACUACGAUUCAUUUGACGCUGAUUUAGAAGAUUCAGAUUAAAGCAGAAUUUUAAAUUCUAAUAGAUGUUUAUGUUUCCAGAUUAAACCAAUAGUUUAUAUACAAAUGUUCAAAUUUCAGUUAGAUAAAAAUCUGAGCUACUUAAGCUUGUUUAAAAAAAAAAGAUUAAACGAAAAAGCGUAUACACUAAUGUUGAAACUUCAGUUAGAUAAGUAACUGAGCUACUUAGCCUUGUUUAAGAAAAAUGUUUUAGAUUUUAUGAUUUUCGGUAAGGACCAGGUUUAAUUUAAGUGCAAGUUACAUUAUUAAUGAUCUCACACUGAAGUGUGAUUACUUCGCGAUAUCUUUUGAGUAUAAGUUUUAUGUUAUUUAAUCUAUAAUAUUACAGUUUAUAACAGACUACUUAAUUUAAUAGAUAAUACGACAAAGUUUAUAUACGAAUGUCAAAAGUUCAGUAAGUUAAGUAACUUAGCUACUUAACCUUGUUUAAAAAAAAUGUUUAAGAUUUUCGGUAAGGGUCAGGUUAAAUUUAAGUGCAAGUUACAUUAUCAGUGAUCUCGGACUGAAAACUGAUUAUUUCGCGAUAUUUCUUUUAAGUAUAAGUUUUAUGUUACAUAAUCUAUAAUAAUACAGUUUAUAACAGUACUUAAUUUGAUAGAUUAC